AGGUCCAAACCUAGCGAAUUCGCGGAAAUGGGUGAGUGGUGAAACGUCACCAGCGACCACACUUUACCUUAACUUUACUUUUACGAACAUCCACACACGCAGUAAUUGAUCAUCGGUGCGCGUUGAAUAACUUAUUGUAGCUCCAUUGGCAAAGUAUUGACAGUAUGUUUAAGAACUGGGGAAACUGGUUAGGACUAGAGGGGGGAAAUGGCCGAGGUAAACAAGAAGGCGAGACUGUUGUUGAAGCCAGUGAAGGUAACAGCAAUCCCGAGAUGGACAGAGUAAAGGCUGAUGCUGAGUAUGAGGACAAACACGCGGAUCCUCAUCCACUUCUACAGAAAGCAAAGGGCUUCAGUGGUUACAUCUAUAACUUUGCCAGCAGUGCCUCUAAGAAUCUGUCCGAGUCAGUGGUUGAAACAGCACAAACUUUGAAGAAGAGUGUCGAGGAGGGCAACAUAAAUGGAAUUAUUGAUAAGACCCUUUUGGGUGAUUUCCAGAAAGAGCAAGAAAAGUUUGUUCAGGAGAAAAAAGCCAAAAAGUUUGGUGCUGCUGUGCCUCCAUGGGUUGGUUUCAAUGAUGAGGAAACUGUACAGCAACAGAUUUUAUCUCUCUCCGCAGACAAAAGAAACUUUUUGCGAGACCCUCCUGCUGGGGUACAGUUUCACUUUGACUUUGAGCACAUGUAUCCAGUCGCCAUGGUGAUGCUGGAGGAAGACGAGCUCCUCAGAAGGAUGCGCUUCCAUCUGGUCCCCAAACAGGUGAAAGAGGAAGCCUUCUGGAAGAAUUACUUUUACCGCGUGUCCUUGAUAAAACAGUCGGCUCAGCUCACAGCUCUAGCAGCACAACAGGCGGAGGAACGGAGAGAUGUGGAGAAAACUGCCUCCAGUCCCGUGGAUACUUGUCAAAAGGGUUUAGAUAAAGGGAAAACUCCUCCAACCAUUAACAGCACCAAACUAAAGACCAGUGAGGAUGAAGAGGAGAUCUCCACCAGCCCACCUGUGUCUGAAUUUGUUAGUGAUGCUUUUGACUCAUGCAACAUAAAUAAGGACGACUUGCGCAAAGAGAUGGAACAGCUGGUUCUGGACAAACGGGAACCUCUUAGCACAACACAGGAUGAGACCCCAGACUGGGAAAGAGAGCUACAGGAGGAACUUAAAGAGUACAACGUGUUGGCUGAUAACCAGAACCACGACGACAACUGGGACAAAGAGAUUGAGGAUAUGCUAAAGGAGGACAGCUAGAGCACCGGAGCUAGCUUGUCAAUCUUAAGCAUUUUAAGUAUAGUGAAUAGUUUUAUGCGUUAUAUAUUUAAAAAAGAAAAGAUCUUGUCCUGAACCUCAUAUUUAUAAUGUACACCUCCAUGGUAAAUACAACACUACAGUAGCAACAGUGAAGAAGCCGACUCUGUAACAUAAGUCUGAAUAGUUUUUUUGGCUCGCUUUAAAGGUCUGGUUGGUAAUUUGUUAAUGAAACUCUUUAUCGUAUUUGUUGAAAUCUUUUUCACAACCCGUGAAUAUGUGAACGCGUCCAGGUAACGCAGAAAUAAAUACAGAAGCUAAUAUGAUAUCACUUUUUAUAUUAGUUUCAUACUUGUGAGUGAAUUUCCUUGGGUGACUGGACAUGCUGUCUAUAUUUGUUGAGAUCAAAAGCAUUGUCUCAACAUGCACACGUAUAUAUGUAGAUGCUGAUAUAAUGUACUCUGUUUACACCGAUGAAAACGGCUCCAGAUUUAUUUACUAUUUACUUUAUUGACUCUGUGAUUUUUAAAUGCACGUUUCCUUGUUUUUACAUUGGUGAUUGUACACAGAAUGUGUUCUAAGACAUAAAGCAUAUUAAACCAAAGCACAUGUGUAUCUCAACAUGUCAAUGUGUCCCAACACCCGAAGACACUGUUACUCUUUAAUCACCAACUUGUUGGCGGUUCUGUCCCUAAUGCGCUGUGAGAAACCUGCAAAGAAUUGAAGGAAACAAGCUGUUUGUGACGGAGCAGUUCUCUGACCCCAGAGUCCUCUUUAUUGCUGAACUUGACAGGAAACAUAACUGUUCUCCUUUUUCCAUUUCAGACACUGCAACAAUAAACUACACGAUAUAGUAUC